AAAAGACCUUGACAUUCAAGAAGAUACACAAAUUACUAUCAAUAAAAACACCGUUUUAGACCAGCGGGUUUAUAAUGCACCCACAACAGAUGAAGUGGCUGCGAUUUGGCCUGAAAACAGUUCAUCAAGCGAGUCCAAUGGCCCAUACAUCACAGUCAGAGGAAAGUCAACAGAUUCUCAUCGCAUAUACCAUAAUUAUGGAUGCUAUGAUCCCUUGCAGUAUCCACUCCUAUUCCCGCAUGGUGAUUGUGGUUGGGGUCAGGGUCUUGCCAAAGACAGCGGUUCAGGAGAGCAGCAAACAGACCCCAUUACAUCUUCAGCAGUGCAUACAGAGGAAGAUUCCCUUGCACAGGAAGCUAACCGUUUAGCGGACGCAGGUGGUGCUUCAACUCGGCAUAUUUCAGCCCGUGAGUACUAUGCUUACAAAUUGCAAUGCCGCCCAAACAAUAUGCUCCUGCGUGCAGGCCGAUGUUUGCAGCAAUAUAUAGUUGACAUGUAUGUGAAGAUUGAGAACACACGCCUAGACUACUUUCGCCACAAUCAGCAAACAAUCAGAGCUGAUUUGUAUCAGGGGAUUUUGGAUUCCAUUGAAAGUGGUGAAACAAAUUCCAUAAAUGUCGGACGGCGAGUUAUUUUACCCCCAACCUUUAUUGGUGGUCCGCGAGACAUGAAGCGGCGAUACCUGAAUGCCAUGGCUUUGGUUCAACGCUUUGGCAAGCCUGAUUUGUUUCUCACAAUCACUUGUAAUGCAAACUGGCCAGAGAUCAAAGCAGAACUAGCUCCUGGAGAAACAGCUCAGAACCGCCCAGAACUUUUUGCCCGUAUAUUUCGAUCAAAAUUAAUCUGUUUAAAAAAACAAAUCAUGAAGAAACAAAUUUUUGGGAAAGUGGCUGCUAUGAUAUAUGUCAUUGAAUUUCAAAAAAGAGGUCUUCCACAUGCACAUUUCCUUAUUAUCCUGAAGCCUGAUUACAAAUUGAAAACACCUUCUGAUUUUGAUCAUUUUGUAUCUGCUGAGCUACCACCCCACAGCUCCCCAGAUCUACGGAAAAUAAUAGUGCGCCAUAUGAUGCAUGGCCCCUGUGGAGAAGCAAACCCUAAAUGUGCAUGUAUGGUUGCCAAAAAUGAUAACUCUGCCUCAUGCAAAUAUGGCUACCCAAAACAAUUCUUAGAAGAAACAACAAACCAUAAUGAUGGAUAUCCAGUGUACAAGAGACAGCAUACAGGAGAAAGUGUACGAAUUCGAGGUUCAAACCUUGAUAAUCGCUGGGUUAUUCCAUACAACCCAUACCUUUCCGCGUUAUUUGACUGUCACCUCAAUGUAGAAGUUUGCUCAUCUAUUCAGGCUGUUAAGUACUUAUACAAAUAUGUUUACAAAGGGCAUGACAAAGUAUCUUUUAAUGUUGUUGGUGAAGAAAAUCAAGCCGUAGAUGAAAUUCAAAGGUUUCAGUCUGGUCGAUGGGUUUCACCAUGUGAGGCAGCUUGGAGGAUUUUUGGCUUUGACUUAUUUGAGAUGCACCCCCCUGUGCAGCACCUUGCAGUGCAUUUGGAAAACAUGCAAACAGUUCAGUUAAGGAGUCAUGAGCAGCUUGAUUCUGUGGUGUUGAAUGAACGAAGAUCCAGAACUCAACUAACAGAAUUCUUUAAAGCAAAUGCAGCCUCACCUCGAGGUACAGGAUAUCUCUAUAGCGAAUUCAUUGAACAUUUCAGGUGGGAUGCCACUGCAAAGGCAUGGUUUCAGAGACAAAACAAGAAACUGGUCAUAGGUCGGCUGGCAUGUGUUACACCUGCAGAAGGAGAACGUUUCUUUUUGCGGCUGCUUCUUGGCAAUGUACGCAGUCCUAAAUCGUUUUCUGACCUCCGGACUGUGAAUGGAGUGCUAUGUGCCACUUUUCAUGAAGCAGCUAUUAAAAGAGGGCUCUUUGAAGAAGACAAUGUUGUUUAUUCCUGUUUGUCUGAAGCUGCAGAAAUUCAAAUGCCAGGAGCCUUACGUCGGCUAUUUGCAGCUGUGUUGGUCUUCUGCGCUCCGAGCAACCCACGUACACUAUGGCAGCACUUCUAUAAUGAUUUAUCUGAUGACUUUAGGUAUACCUUUCCACAAAAUGAAAGGCAAGUUUUGCUGCUGACAGUACAGUCAGUUGAGAAGCACUUAGAGUCAAUGGGAAAGUCAUUGGCUCAUUUUCAGCUGGAACAUCUACAAGAAGAAAUGCCAGAAGAACUACAGAGGACAAAGGAUAUUAUUGAUGCUUUGGAUGCACCUAUUCCUCAAGAAUCAAUUGAUUGUAGUGAUCAACUAAAUUCAGCUCAGCAAAUUGCCUUUGACAAAAUUAUUUCUCAUGUUCAAGCAGAAAAUCCUGGUUGUUUCUUUGUUGAGGAGGGACUGGAAAGACCUUUCUGUACAAUGAUCUAUAUGCAGAAGUGCGCUUGGCAGGAAAAAUUGUGCUUCCGACGGCAACAUCAGGAAUAGCUGCAGCAAAUAUACCUUCUGGCAGGACAGCACACUCACGAUUUAAAAUUCCACUUGAUUCAGAAACAUCGCUCGCUUGUGAUGUUCCUAAACAAGGCAGCUUGGCUGCUUUGAUUAAAGAGACAACAUUGAUUAGCUGGGAUGAAGCUUCAAUGGCAAGAAAGGAGAACAUUGAAUCUGUUGAGCUCCUGCUCCGUGAUCUCUGUGAUCCAGAUCAGCCAUUUGGUGGAAAAGUUAUAGUCUUCGGUGGAGAUUUCAGGCAGGUUUUACCAGUUGUUCCUCACAAGACUCAAAGAGAAGUUGUUGCAACAAGCCUGGUUACUUCACAUAUUUGGCCCUGGUUACAAAAGCUACAUCUGACUGAAAACAUUAGAGCUAAAGCAGAUCCCCCAUAUGCAUCUUUUUUGCUGGGUUUGGGAAAUGGCGAGCUUCAGGCAACUGAGAAUGCUUUUGUGAAGGUUCCUCCUCACAUUGUGAAUUAUUAUCAAUAAACCGAGGAACCUAUUGAUUAUCUAGCUGUUGCUGCUUUCCCUGAAUUGCAACAUCCUGCCUUUACACCAGAUAUUUUCACAGAAAGGGCAAUCCUAACCCCAUUAAAUGAUGCAGUAGACUCAAUCAACAAUUUCCUGAUUGACAAGUUCCCAGGAGAAGCAGUUGUUUAUAAAAGUUUUGAUAGCAUCCUAGAUGAUAAUUGUGUUAUCUACCCAACAGAAUUCUUGAACCAGCUUGCCCCAGGUGGUAUGACACCACACGGGUUGGUUCUAAAAGUUAACAGUCCAGUAAUCUUGCUGAGGAAUAUUGAUCCGGCUGAUGGCCUAUGCAAUGGCACACGUCUCAUAUGCAAGUAUUUCAGAAGAAAUGUUAUUGUUUGUUCAAUAGCAAUUGGUCAUCGUAAAGGAGAGCUUGUAUUCAUCCAUCGUGUCAACCUCCGGCCUCCAUCAUCAGCAAAAUAUCCGAUUCAAUUUGAGCAUAUACAAUUUCCUCUGAAGCUCAGUUUUGCAAUGACUAUCAACAAAUCUCAAGGGAAAACACUAAGCCAAGUCAUGGUUUAUCUCCCACAGCCAUGCUUUUCACAUGGUCAAUUGUAUGUUGCAUUGUCAAGGGCUAAGAAAUCGGAGAAAGUGACUGUGAUCACACCCAGCCUGCUGAAAUUCACAAUACACCAGUUCUGAAAAAACAUCGUGGCUUAUGAUUUCUUGCGACUAUCUGGCAUAACAUGAUACAAUAUGAUGCAGGUUUGAUGUUGUAGAUCUUUGGAGUAUAAUUUUGGUAUAUAAAGCUUUUUUUGUAAUAUUUAUUUUACAAUCAUUAUUGAUAUAUAAAUAUGCAACAUUGAAAUGCCUUGCAGUGUGUUAGAAACACUAUUGCUCUGUUAGUUUACAUGCUCCUAUUCAAAUUGCAGCAACACUAUUUGGACAGGUUUACUUCACAUGUACAUUUCUAUUUUCUGUUGCAGUUAUUGUUUCACAAUUAUGCUUUGACCAAGCAAAAAAAUGAUAUUCAAUGCACAUCUAUUAUAUAAUGCUCAUUAGGUGCCAAAAAAGACAUUAUCAAGAAUAAAAAAAUAAUUUGGAUAUAGUUGUUACCUAACUAGAUGUUGAACUGAUGUAGUAAAUAAUGAGCUAAAAUUUUCUAUGAGAUUACAAAUAGAGGGGAAAAAAAAAACAACAGGAUCAAAUACUGUCUUAUAUUAAUUUUUUACAGUAUGCCUAGGAUAGCUACCACAAUCUCAUUUGUUGAAAAACCCUUUUUUUUUUCCUUAUUACAUUGUUAUAUAUAGUGCCCCUACAUUCUAUUACCCUCAAGACAGUAAAGAAACAUAGCUUCAACUUCGCAGAAUAACCUUAUUAACUGCUGGACAAUACAUUGAUUCAAGUCAUGAACACUUUUAGUGCAGCCCUUUCUUAGUCUUUCAAACAGGUCACACUCAAGCUUAAAAAAAAUGCUUUUUCCCUAGAUAACUAUAAUUAUAGCAACACUUCUUUUUCUGCUGCACCCAUCAAGCAUCACAAUAACAACAGAUAAUACUUAAAUCCUAGGUUUUUAUGUGGCCCACAAUGAUGAUUUCCAAAAAGAAACUUCUCCUAUUUUAAAUUCACAUAACAUCUUUCUUUUUAUAGCUAAAUUAGAUCAGUAACUGAUUACUCUAUUAUCUACUUGCACAUGUAACCUUAGUUUAUUUCACUACAAACAACUUAUUAACCACUAGACACAACUAUGUUUCAGUGCCUAUACUUUUAUUACUUAUAAUAUCUUUUCAGAUUUUACUUGUAUAAUUAUUACUCUGCAGAUUUCCUUGGGAGAGAUUACUCACUACAUCUUUUUAUUCGAUGGACAAUAAGCUGUAUCAGGACAUUCUAAUAACCACUAAAUUAUAAAGGCCAUUCAGCUUUAACUUGUCAAUAAGCUAUUUGCUAUUUAAGAUUCUUAUACUUCUAGAGAGCAUUUACUCUCCUUCUAUUCUCUGCUGCUUUGCUCUGCUGUUCCCGUGUACCACCAAAUUCUGCCUGCCAUUCCAGUUGAAGAAGGUAAGCACUUUAAUGAUGCUUUGCUGAACUUAACAUCUACCUGUGCAUUAACUUCUUUUCUUCUCAUUUAUUUACUUGCAUGCAAUUAAGUUAUCUGAAUUGCUUUUCAUGUGGCCUUAAGUUAAUCUGGAUUACAUCUGCACACAUGUUUUUAUUAGCUAUUUAUUUUUUCUUGCUUUGCAUUCAGCCAACCUAUGUAGCUAUUUUAUAUGCAGUUCUUUACAUAGAAAAAUCUCAUCCUUUAAAACUUACUAUCAUCUUGCCAGUAGUUAAGCCACAUGUACACACUUAUUUUGUAUUAUGCCCUUAUAUUGUUGCCUAUAUAGAAGAUUCUUAUCUUUUUAAGCUUAUUAUCAUCUUACCAAUUACUAAGCCACAUGUACAGCAGUUAUUUUGACUUAUGCCCUUAUAUUUGUUACCCAUGAGUUGAAAGGACCAUGUUCAGUAUAAUAUAUAUCAGAAAAGCCAUGUCUUUAAGAAAGUUGGUACAUGGACAUAAAACUAUAAAGGGACUUUGGUAGAAUCUGUGGUUGACCUACUGUUAUUGACUAUAUUAGUAAGAAAUACAUCUAAAAUUUUUAAAAAAACUUACUCUUGACUAAGGGCUGCUGAGAAAGUUGCUUAAAGAAAUAACAUCAGAUAAUUGUAUGACAAGCUGUAUAUUAUGAUAUAAAUCAGCUCAAACUGCCUAUACUAUGAACAAAAAGUAACCAUAUUAAAGAAAUUCAAGCUUUCAUUUAAACCACACAAGGCCACUUAGAACAUUCCACAACCAUACACUGAGCACAACUUACUAAUUAACAACAUAGUACACAUAACUAGAAGUAAAAUAUUGUUUAUUACUAGAGCAACAACAUAAGCCUCUGACUACUUAGAAACACAACUACAUUUAAGUUACAAAUGCCUUGCUGCAGCUUCAGAUACCCUUUAAAAACAACCACCAUAGGAAGCAUCACUUCCAGGAGAAUAUGAAGGGCUGGAGUGGUGAUGAAUGUCACUCAAGUUAAGCGUAGGCUGAGGCUUGUAAUUACUGGUCCCCUCUUUUGGUGCCUGUUUCUUUGGGCUAGGCUGCUUUUCUUCAGGCUCAAAGCAGAGAGCAGUAUCACAGCCUCUAAAUCUUCCACCUUUUUCUCUAAAGUAGUGAGCCGUGCCUCCAUUGCUUCAUAGUUAGUCUGUUUAGGAAGCUCAUAUCCACUACUAGGAUUCACCUUAUCUUUCCCCUUACUUGCCAUUACUUUCACCUGGAAUUGAAUAAAAAAAGACUGGAGAAAUGUGAAUGUGGAAUACAAAAAUGGUUUGUGAAAAUAUUGAAGCCUGAACUUCCUUUUAUAUAUGCCUGGGUAACACCUCUUUGUCUAAAGGAUAUAACCAUGCAAUAAUUAUACCUAUUUAGAAAGUCA